AACCGGACUCCUGGGACUUUCCCUAACAAGUCUUAUCCGCAUCAACGCCGCUACGCCGCACAGCCUGCUCGGCAUAGUCCGUCCCGGCCUGGCAACAGCCGUCCGUCUCACCCACCCCGCGCCGCGCGCCGCACGCGCACCCAAAGUACGCACGCCUCGCCGUCUCCCUCUCCUCCAUGACUCAGACUUGCUCGUCGUCGUCUCCUCCUACUUCUUCUUCUUCUUCACAACCCGCCCCCUCGGCGUUCACAUACACGCUCCAACCACCCUCGUACGAAAGCGGCUGGCACUCGCCAUCCUUCGACUGGACAACACACGACUCGCUCCAGCAGCCCCCGCACGUCACACCUUCCUCUGAGCGCUCCUACUUCUCGCUCUCACCCGUGACUCCCCCGCCAGUGAGCUCGCCACCCGAGUGGACCACCUCGUCCCAGCUCAACGGCUGGCCAGACAUCAAGCUCGAACCCUUACACUCCGCCGAGGGCGACACUUCAAACCUGUGGCAAACGUCCUCCCUUUCCGAAGAGGUCAAGCGACUCUCCCCUCGACGGCCCGACUUUUCCGGGAACGACCGUGACGACGCCGCCGUCGACCAGACACCUUCGUCGUCGAGCUAUAUAAUGCAGCAGCAGUCAACCUAUCAGCAGGACCAGUACGCUCCCCCUGGUCUUCAACCCACAGGCUACCCCAGCAUGACGUCCAUCUACCCCACCGGCCUGGGAUCCAACUUCCCCGACUUCAACGCCUACAACCCCCACUACCCCGCCCAGCCCUACGCUACCCCGUUCCCCACAGGCGAGCCAGCAACAGAUCCUUGGCAGCGCAAUGACCUCGGUCACGUCGGCCCCCAAGAGUUUGCCCAGGCACUCCUCGCAUACAGGCACAUCCAAGCUGCGAUCCCUCACAUCCGUCCUGCCGAUCACCAAGGCCCCUCCGCCUCGGGACAGCCGUACCGCUCCAUCGUCGACUGCGCCAACUCGGCCGCCGACUAUCUGUCAGGAAGGAUACAGGUCGCCCCCGCCGGAGGCCCCAUGAGGGCCGCCGCGAGCCGUCCGUCAGGCGGCGCCCCCGAGCCCAAGCGCGCCAGGGCGUCCAACGGCGGCGAGAAGGAGCGGCCAGCGACCUACUGCCGUGGGUGCGGCGCGACCGAGACGCCUGAAUGGCGUCGUGGACCGCUUGGCCCGAGGACACUGUGCAAUGCCUGUGGCCUCGUGCACAUGAAGAUGCUCAGGAAGAAGAAGAAGGCAGAGGAGAAGGCCGCACAGGCGGCCGCAAACGCCAAGGGAUAGGAGGGUGCCUUUGGUUGUGCUCGGUAGAUUGUUGGUUCUCGUCGGUCAUGGGUUAUGGGUUUCUGCCUCGGUUCUCUGGUCUCGGCUCGUCGGCCUCCCCUCUGGUUGUAAUAGUGUGCUGUCCAGUGUCUCUUCUAGUGAUUAUAUUUUAGUGCGCAUGCAAUGGAGCGUCGCGUCGCGUGCACCAUGCGGGGUAUUGACCUAGACGCGACGACGCACGCCGAUCUG